AUGGCGGUGUUCUACAGGUACAGAAGCAGGGUGGACACCUUCUCCGUGCCCGUGCCGGAGCCUUUUGUCUCCGUCGGGGAGCUCAAGCGCCUCAUCACGGCCACCGCGCGCCACGGCCAUGGACCUCAAGUGGGAGGCCCCGACGUCACAAGGAGGCCUGCAUCGGGGGAGUCUGACGGCGUCAUCCCGGCGGAGCUCUACUGCAAGAUUUGCCGGAACGUGAUGGCCGACGCGGUGGUGACGAGCAAGUGCUGCUUCGACAGCUUCUGCGACGGGUGCAUCAGGGACCACAUCGCCUCCAAGUCCAAGUGCGCGUGCGGGGCGCAGGCGCGCGCCGACGACCUGAUCCCCAACACGACGCUCCGCACCACCAUCGCCAACCUGCUCGCCACCACCACCGGCGCGGCAGCAAGCGCCUCAAGUGGAACCGACAAGACGAGGAGCUCCGCCGGCAGCAACGCGGCACAUCCGGCGGCGCCGCUGAGCCCCGCAGCUUCGCAGGCGAGCCGCAGCAGCAACGUGAGCUCAGAGAAGGCCGAGCACAGCGACGGCGGCGCGUCCACGUCGAAGAAGAUCGCCACGAUCUCAGGUGCCCUCGGCCCAAGAAAGGCGCAGGAGACGGUGGCUGGCGACCACUCUGCAGAAUCCGGAGCUCGCGCCGUCCAUGGCGGCGAUCACUACGGCGUCCCGUUCUGCCCGGCGACCGGCUACGUCGACCCCUUCUUCUUCGGCGGCAUGCCAUUCGGAGCCGAUCCUUACAUGUACUACGGCGGCGUGCCUUACGGCUGCGGUGGUGCACCCAACGGCUACUACGGCGGCGAGGAGCUCCGUGACAGGAAGAGGGCGCGCGUCUCUCCCGGAACCGGAUGUUGGUGAUCGGCUUCGGAGAGGAUCAGAAGUUGCCGAUUAAAAGCCAUUUGGAGAUUUUCCUUUUCGUCUCA